CAAGCCCUUUUUUGUUUUGGUUUUACUUUUUUCCCCUUUCCGUGCAUCCAUUAAGAACAGAAAAAUACCCUUUUUCCUGUAGUUUGGUUCUGGAGUUUCAACUUCUCUUUCUUAAACGAAACUUGAUCUUUUUAACUUCCAUGUUUACUGAGACCGAAUCCGCUUGUCUGUUACUUUGCUUUUAAUUUUUUUUGUGUUAUUGCACUGGUUUUUGGAUUCUGAUCUGGUAUUGGAUUAAGGAAUGUUUUUCUGAUUUUUUGUUGCUCUGAUUACUGGUUGGAAUUUAUCAAAUGUCUUUUCAUACUGUGUUUUGCGUAAUUCCGUUAUGUGCAUUGAGGAACCGUUUCUGAUCUCCUGCUUACCUGACCAUGUAAUAAAUAACUUUUAUUAAAAUAUCUAUACCAUCCCACUGAUACACGAAGAAUAAACUGGUCGCAACAUGUAUUUCUCAGUGUUGUUAAUGUUUGUCUAUGGUGUUGGACAUGAAGCAGCUCUUCGAGUCCAUGGCCCCUCAGAUCCACUAGUGGCUCAGCUGGGAGGAUCAGUGCUCCUGCCAUGCUUUAUUGAAAGUUCACUGCCGUUAGAAGAUCUCCAGGUGGAAUGGAGAAAGAUGGAUUCAGAUUCUGUAGUGAGCCUCUUCCAGCAAGGAAAAAGCAGACCAGAUCUCCAGACUCAGGUGUUUAGAGACAGAGCUGGGUUUUUCCCAGAUGAGGUCUCAAAAGGGAAUUUCUCCAUCUUACUGAAAAAUGUAGUUAAAGAAAAUGCUGGAGUUUAUAGAUGUCAAGUCAACACAACCCAGGACACUGGUGAGGUGAUAAUGGAAAUUAAAGAGAUCAAGCAUUUUGUGGUGAAAGGGGCAGACCAUGCUGUCUUUGCCCGUGACGGUGAGGAUGUCAUACUGAACUGCUCUGUAGAUUCCCAUGUACCAGCCAGUGAGAUUGAAGAAGUGACCUGGAAGAAGACCGAUGGAGACCAAGACAUCCUUGUCCUGCUUUAUCAAAACAGUGAAAUAUUCCCAGAUUCCUCACAUGAGAGUUAUCAGGGAAGAGUUGAUUUAUUUUCCUCUGAAAUCUCUAAAGGAAACUUCUCACUACAGCUGAAGGAUGUAAAGAUGGAAGAUAAAGGAGAAUUCACAUGUGAGGUCCACACUAGUGACAUGUCAGCAAGGACCACUGUGGUACUGCAUGGUGUAGAGCAUUUUGUGGUGAAAGGGGCAGACCAUGCUGUCUUUGCCCGUGACGGUGAGGAUGUCAUACUGAACUGCUCUGUAGAUUCCCAUGUACCAGCCAGUGAGAUUGAGGAAGUGACCUGGAAGAAGACCGAUGGAGAUCAAGACAUCCUUGUCCUGCUUUAUCAAAACAGUGAAAUAUUCCCAGAUUCCUCACAUGAGAGUUAUCAGGGAAUGGUUGAUUUAUUUUCCUCUGAAAUCUCUAAAGGAAACUUCUCACUACAUUUGAAGGAUGUAAAGAUGGAAGAUAAAGGAGAAUUCACAUGUGAGGUCCACACUAGUGACAUGUCAGCAAGUACCACGGUGUUACUGCAUGGUGUAGAGCAUUUUGUGGUGAAAGGGGCAGACCAUGCUGUCUUUGCCCAUGAGGGUGAGGAUGUCAUACUGAACUGCUCUGUAGAUUCUCAUGUACCAGGCAGUGAGAUUGAAGAAGUGACCUGGAAGAAGACAGAUGGAGACCAGGACAUUCUUGUCCUGCUUUAUCAAAACAGUGAAAUCUUCCCAGAAUCCUCACAUGAGAGUUAUCGGGGAAGAGUUGAUUUGUUUCUUUCUGAAAUCACCAAAGGAACUUCUCACUAAAGCUAAAGGAGGUAAAGAUGGAAGAUAAAGGAGAAUUCACAUGUGAGGUCCACACCAGUAAUAUGUCAGCAAGGACCACUGUGGUACUGCAUGGUGUAGGUUUCUCUGCAUUACAUGUACUAAUCCUGGUGUUUUGCUUGAUUGCACUAUUGCUGGCAGUAGGUUUUUGUUGUCCUGUUUUUAACCUCCUGCGAAAGAAAGUUGUUACCAAAAAGGCCAUGAAAAUACACAUUUCUUUGAUCCUUUGUCCAAAUAUUUGCAUGAUUGUCGCUUUCUGCUUGUGGGCGAAGGAAGGGUUCCUGUUGGAGGUUAUUACUUGUUUAACUGUCACUAUCAUAAGACCCAUCAUGCUGAUAAAAACUUCUUUGUAUAUCAACAGAUUCCCAAGUAAAUAUUUUUGGCUGCAACUCUUGACGAAGAUGAAGACCACAUCUGGCCAGACUUUAAUCUCCUGUUGGUAGGCCAUCUCCUUGUUGGAGAUCUGGCACACCACAACAGUGUCAUCAGCAAACUUAAUGAUGGUGGUGCAGUUGAAAGUGGCCACACAGCCAUAUGUAUACAGUGAGUACAGCAGAGUGCUUAAAAUACAACCCUGAGGAGCUCCAGUGCUGAGGGUGUGAGAGAAUGAGGUGUGUUUGCCCACUUCUUCAACUUGUUGUCUGUCUGUCAGGAGGUUGAAGAUCCAUUGACACAGGGACAGGCUGAGUUCCAGAACCUCCAACAUAGAGAUGAGUGUGGGGGAAAUAAGAUGUUAAAUGUUAAACUGUAGUCCACAAACAGCAUUUUCACCUAGUUCUCUUUAUUGUAGUUCAGGUGUCUCAUUGUUGUGUGGAGAAGAUAUGUAAUGGCGUUCUUAGUAGAGUGAUUUCAGUGGUAAGUGAACUGUAUUGUAUUCAGAGUGUCUGGUAGAGAAGCAGUGAGGAAGUCUCUGACCAGUCUUUCAUAGCACUUCAUCACUACUGCUGUCAGGGCUAUCAGAGAACAGUCUUGGGUCCCACUGGCUGGAUCUUUUCUGCUGGCACUGCUGGACAUAUUCCAGCAUUCCAGCAUUCCAUAUGGUCAAUGGUGGAUAUUUCAUAAUUCUUUGUGCUUUUUCAAAAUAGUUUGAACAGCACAUGAUGAAACUCUUUUUUGCUUUAAAAUAUUUUCCUUGUAGAGACUUUCUGAUGCAGUAUAACUACCUUGUGUCUUAUUGCUGUGCUCUGUGUUUCCAUGGUGUAUGACCUGUGAUAUGAAACUGUCUUCUAUUGUCUUCUAUCUUCUAUACCUCACCUUGGUAGCAGAGUUUGGCUGUUUGUUACCCAGUUUGAAGCCUCCUAAAAAGCUAUUUGUGUUUCAGUUAAUUAACUGUUUCAACUACAAAGUGAACUAAAUAGAAUUGAAAUUAGCACCUGCUUUGUAUAAUUAUUAACCAUAAACCUGACUCUGAUCCUAUAAAAUUCCUCACUUUGUGCAAGUGUACUGUACAAAGUGUGAAACUGUAGGAAUUUAAAACCAAAGAGUAUUUACACCAAAUAUUGAUUUGAAUUGGAUUUCUCUUCUGCUAAUUUACUUUGUUUUUUGUUUUAAUUGAUCAUUUAUUUCAUCACAACUGCCUAAAGCUUUUGCACAUUACAGACUGGACAAAUGUUUUGAGAAUGACACAAAUAUAAAUUUUCUCAAAGUCUGCUGCCUCAGUUUUUAUUUACAUAAUUUGAUUUAGUAAUUUACAUAUACUCCAACAUUUUAUGACGAGUGAUCAGCAAUUAACUGCAAAUUCCCCUUUCCAUGAAAAUGUACUUAACUACUAGGAUUGACCCUAAAUCAAGCAUUUAUCAGAUCACCAAGAACUUAAAGAAAAUAAGUUCAAUUGUAGUGAAGAAUGCUUCAGGGCAAAGACUUUUGGAGGAUGGUCUAUUAAGGCAACAAAGAAGCCACUUUUCAUCAGAAAACACUUCAGGGACAGACUGGUAUUCUACAAAAGGUACAGGAAUUGGACUGCUGAGGACUGGUGUGAAGUCAUUUUCUUUGAUGAAUCACCUUUCAGAUUGUUUGGGGCAUCUGGAAAAAAAGCUUGACCAGAAAAUAAUAGGUAAGCGCUGUUAUCAGUCCUGUGUCAUGCCAACAGUAAAACAUCCUGAGACCAUUUAUGUGUGAGGUUGCUUCUCAGCCAAGGGAGUGGGCUCUUUUCGGCCAGGGGAGUGAGCCAUAAACAAAGAAUGAUACAAAUACAUCCUCUAAGAGCAACUUCUCCCAACCAUCUAAGAACUGUUUGGUGAUUAAUAAUGCCUCUUUCAGCAUGAUGAAGCACCUUGCCAUAAGGCAAAAGUGUUUACUAUGUGGUUUGUGGAACAAAACAUCAAAAUUUUGGGCCAUGACUAGGAAACUCCCCAGACCUUAAUCCAUUAGAGAACUUGUGGUCAAUCCUCAAAAGAGGUGGGUGGACAUACAAAACCCACAAAUUCUGACAGGCUACCAGCAGACAGGAUGUGGCCCAGAAGUUGAUUGACAGCAUGCCAGAACAAAAUGCAGAGGUCUUGAAAAAGAAGGGUAAAUACUGCAAAUAUUGACUCUUUGCAUAAGCUUAAUGUAAUUGUCACUAAAAACCUUUGACACGUAUGAAAUAAUUCUUUCUUUCGGCUUCUCCCAUUUGGGAUCACCACAGCGGAUCAUCCGUAUUCAUGAUCCGCAUUUUCGAUUUGGCACAUGUUUUUACGCUGGAUGCCCUUCCUAAGGCAACCCUUCCCAUUUAUCCGGGCUUGGGAUCGGCACUAAGAGUGCACUGGCUUGUGCAAUGAAAUACUUGUAAUUAUACUUCAGUAUACCACAGUGACAUCUGACACAAAGAACUAAAAACACUGAA